GAAUUGGUUCAACCGGUAACGAACGCCACAACUGCUUCGAUUUAGCGCGAGACAACAACGUAAUUAUUUUGUUGCAUCGAUACGACCGAAAGCAAAGCCUGUCAGCGACACUGAGUUUGUGUUGGUUUCGUCUUACAAACGCGUAUUUGUUGAUUUUCAGUGUUUCUCGACGAAAUACUUGAAAAAGUUUUUUUCUCCCGCUCAGAUUGAUUGCCGAAGUUUGGAAAAAUGCCGAAAAAGAAGGCUGCACCGGAAUCGUCAUCAUCAGACAGCGACUCAGGACCAGACGAUCGCACACCAGUAAAGAAACCGAAAAAAGACAGCGAUGGCAACUUACAGUUCGAGUUGAGCAACAAUCGACGGGUAACGGUGAGUUCGUUCAAGGGCAAAGUUUACGUGAACAUUCGUGAAUUCUACCAGAAGGACGGCGACUGGUUACCGGGCAAAAAAGGCAUCGCACUUUCGCCAGAGCAAUGGAACGCGCUGUUGGAAAAGUCUGAUGAAAUCAACAAAGCGAUCAAAGAAACCUAAAAACCUUCUCUGUUCAUUUCAUUUCAUUUUGGUCAUUGAAAAAUAAACGCACAUUGCGAAUCCAACUUGGAAA